GCAGCAGCAUAAACAUGGCGGUGUCCACUAGCAGUGCAGCUCGUCUCUGUCGCCUGGCAGGACGGACUGUCACCUCCCUGACAGCCAGACACAGGCGGGGAGUCAGCCUGCCAGAGAGUAUAUGUUACAUAUCGACCUCGACGGGGAGCAAUCUGCAGUUUAAGCUUGAUGAGAGAACAGCUCACAGCAGUCUGGACCUUUUCAAGAAAGACACUGGCGUCAUCUACCGCAUGCUGGGCCUGGACCCCAGCCACGUGCAGGACAAUCCCGAGCGUUUCCGAGACUGGGCGGUUGUGUUUGGCGACGAGAAGAUCAGUAGCGGGCGACACUACUGGGAGGUGACGGUCAAAAAGUCUCAGCAGUUUCGUGUGGGCGUGGCUGAAGCGCUGAUGUCCCGGGAGGACUGCGUGGGCACCAACAGCUCGUCCUGGGUGUUCGGCUACGCUCAGCGAAAGUGGUUCGCCAUGACCAGCAACAAGAUGGUCCCCGUGACGCUGGUGGGCAAGCCGGACCGUGUAGGCAUCCUGGUUGACUAUGAAGCGGGUCUUGUGGGGCUGGUGGACACUGAGAAACCCAGGAUCAUUCACUCCAUCAGAGUCCAGUUCAAGACUCCCAUCUGCCCCGCGUUUGGACUUUGGGAUGGGGAUAUGCUCACUCACUCUGGUCUGGAGGAGCCUGAAGGCCUGAAGUAGUGAAGCAUCCCUUGCAUAACGAUGAUUGUAAUGGCUGAAAAAUGGUACCGUGGCAACCCUUUUCACACCAGUAUCUUAAAUAACUGGACAGGAAAGAAAGCAAUAUCUGUGUGGGAAUCAUUUACAUCUUAAUUACAAGUCAAUUUCUUCGUGGUCCAGUUGGUUCAUUAUCAUGACUCUUAACAAUGCAAGUUCAUACUUUUAUGUAUGUCAUUCAGCCUCAGGCAUGUGUCACAGAAGCUGUUUUUGUGUGUACCUCAUGUAUUACCUCUUAAACUAACGGAUGUAAAAACGACAUGUGGUCUUUUUUGGGAGGAACAUUAACUGCCAAGUUGUUGUUUUAUACUUCUCUUCACAGUUACAAAGCUUAAAUCAACACAAAACCUUUUUGAGAUUCAUGUUCAUACUAUAUAUUGUUUAAUAAAAUAACUUCACAGAAAGUUUCACAUUUCUCUUUUGUUUACAACAAGAUGAUACAUAUAUACAGACAGACUAAAGCCCAGUAAAGUUAUGUUUUAUGAGGUAUCAAUUCACUGCCACAGUUAAAUGAAGUGGCACACUGAAUAAAACAAUAAAAAAAAUGCAUUCAUUUUUAGAAGAAUACAGGAGUAUAGCGUGACUCAACCAUACAUUAAGCACAGUGCAAUCACUUUAAAAUAGGUACACUGUAUACUAACAAGUGGCAGAUGUAAUUUUCCUGAUUGUAUUGUACUGACAGUAUCACGUUUAACACAUCUAUAUGUCUUGUUCACUUAACUAAAUGUAAUAAUAUAUUUUGUGUUAAAUUAACCAAACUGUGCAUUGUUCCCAGUGCCUGAGACCUGCAGAUGUUUCUGUUAAAUACAAGCAACCAAUAAAAAGAGAUCACAGUAAUGAAGAAGUAGUUCCUCCAAAAAGAAACAAACAAUAACCACAUGAAACAGAAGAUAUCAGCAAUGUAUAAACUGACCUAUGAGCCUCAGUAAACUAGAAUCAACUGCAAUGAAACAGUCCUCACAGUGUUUUAGGCACAGAUGCAACAGACUCACCUCCUGUUGAGGUAGAAUAAUUAAUUAAGCAGCUUUGGGAAUAUUUAUACAAUCAUUUCAUGGGGCAUACAAUCCCCUGAUUAAAUACCACACUGAAAAAUCUGAAUAUAAAGUAUUUCAACAUUUAAAAAAAAUAAGCACAAUAAUUACAUAUAAAAGUAAAUACAAAAUUAAUGUUGCAACACAAACCAAAUCACAGCUUAAAUUAACGUCAUUCUCACACACAAGCAACACAUUGCCUGCUUUCUUAUAUAGUGCUUUGUUGAUACAAUCCCUCCAGAGUGCAGAAAAGCAUUUAAAAGGGACUUAAUCCUACUAUGUACAGCUUUUCAACAGUCUAAAGGAUGAUCCCCACAUUAUUGUUAUAUAACUUAAAUAUUCCCAUAUUUAGGAUAAACUCAGUCAUUCACAACUUCUCUCAAUCAUCCAGUGUCCUUUUAGUCCUCUCAGGUGUUUAAUAAAAUAGAUUAAUUUCU